AUGGAGCUGGAGCUGGGCUGGGCGGCACUGGUGCUGCUCUUCGCCGCCUCCCUGCUCACCGUCUCGGCCUGGCUGUUGCAGUAUUCCCGGGGCGUGUGGAGCGGCCGGGGAAAGCCGGAGACCUCGGGAGGAGCUCUAAGGGAAGCCGGCAUCUGGAAGUCCUUACUGAGGCUGCGGGUGGCCCGGGACGGAGCUCCUGAGGAGGCGGUAGCGGGGGCCAGAGGGCUCCUUGCUUCGCUCUUUGCCUUCAGAUCCUUCCGGGAGAACUGGCAGCGAGCUUGGGUGCGAGCUCUCAACGAGCAGGCCCGCAGGCACGGGAGUUCAGUCCAAAUCACGUUUGAAGAGAGUCCUCAGCUACCACCAGCGGUGAAUAUAAGUCACGUGACCUGCACAGACCAGGCAGACCACAGUAUGGUGUUGCACUGCCAUCUGGCAGCUGAUGCUGUGAAGUUCCCAGUCUCUGUCACUCAGCAGUCUCCAGCUGCUGUUUCCAUGGAUACCUAUCAUGUCACCUUAGCUCUGCUGCAGGCCCAGGUGGAGAUCCGUUUGGAGGAGCUGCAGAAUGAGGGCCUGCUGGUGUCAUGGACAUUCAAGGACAGACCAGACUUGAACCUUUCAGUUGUUCCGAAACUUCAGCCUCGUGAAAAGAAUGAUGGGAAAGUGGAUCUGUCCACCAUAAAGGACCUGAUUGAGGACUCAAUUGUCAGCACCCAGCCUGCCAUGAUGGUGAAUCUGAAGGCAUGCACUGCUGGUAGUAAUGUGAUGUCCUGUGAAAAACUGUCCCAAGAGUCCCCGUCUAAUAUAGUGGCCCCUACGGUGUCCAAGUUGCUUCUCCGGCAUAUGCAGGUGCUCAACUUGAGCUGUGAGGAGGAAGGAGGAGGUGGGAAGCUAUGCUGUGUAGCCGAGCUAGACAGUCCUCUGCAGCAGAAAUGGACAAAGCCAGCGAGAGCAAGCAUCUCCAGCGCUGCAGCAGCGGUGCAGUGGAAUGAGGAGCUCCAGCUGGAGCUGGGGCCACGAAGUAAAGAGUUGAAGCUGAGAGUACUGGGGAACAGCAGUAGUGGGGAGAAUGUGCUUCUGGGACAUACUGCUGUUUCACUUGACUCCUGCAGCAAACAGCCAUCUGGGAGGCUGAUCUAUUCCCUGACCCCAGGAGCUGGGCAGCUGCUGCCACCUGCGGCUACCCUUACACUGGAGCUGCUCUACCACGAGUCUCCUUUGUCCCCGAAUCCCCAGUAUGCUGCAUCACUGCGCACCAGCAUCACCCCCACCAAAAAAAUCGAAAUGGACCGUACCAUCAUGCCUGAUGGCACCAUUGUGACCACUGUCACCACCGUCCAGUCCAGGCCCAAGGUGGACUGUAAGCUGGAUUCACCGUCGAGGUCCCCAUCCAAAGUGGAAGUGACAGAGAAGACGACAACAAGGCUUUCAGAGAGCAGCUGUCCCAGCAGUGCCUCACCCAGCAACAGCUGGGACAGUCAUAUGUCCAAUGGCUUGGAUCCUGUGGCCGAGACAGCAAUCAGGCAGUUGACUGAAACGAAUAACAAAUCUGCCAAGAAGACCCCUACAAAACGCAGCACACUUAUCAUCUCAGGAGUUUCCAAGGUACCAAUUGCCCAAGAUGAAAUGGCACUUUCUCUUGGUUAUGCGGCAUCUAUGGAGGCCACCAUGCAUGGAUACUCCAUAAUGGCAGGCAUGUGCGACCACCCGCAGAGCUCCACUGAGCCAUCCCAGCUGCUGGAAGCAUCAUUCUCAGGACAGAGAGCUAGUCAGGAGCUGGAUGAGACAACACGAUCAGACAUCUCUGAGAGACCCUCGGUGGAGGACGUGGAAUCUGAAACUGGCUCCACAGGAGCCCUCGAGACCAGGAGCUUAAAGGAUCACAAAGUCAGCUUUCUCCGGAGCGGCACCAAGCUCAUCUUCCGGAGGAAGAACAAGCAGAAGGAAGCAGGCCUGAGCCAGUCGCAUGAUGACCUGUCCAAUGCCAGCACCAGCUCUGCCACCAGGAAGAAAGCCAGCAGCUUCUCCCGGCGCCUCAUCAAGCGCUUCUCCUUUAAGUCUAAAUCAAAACCCAAGGCCAACGGCAGCACAUCAUCAAUGGGCGAGAACUAA